GUAGCUAUAAGGAGCCGUAUCGGUUAUUAGUGAAGUGGACUUGUGGUUACUAUCAUCGAAAGUGGCCACGAUGUCUACUAUCGACGAGCUGCGCCGUACUUGGGAGCUGCCAUACGUUGCCAUCUACUUACGUACCUUCAACGUGCCGUUCGAGGUGCCUUACUUGGACAGCGAAACCCUCGAGGAGUUACUGGUCAGCCCCACUGGACUGGACAGGCUGGAAAGCCUGGCACUCAAACUACUGAGCCCAUUCUUCAGGAAAAAGGGCGAGGAGUAUGAUGUCCUGCUUAUCAGAGAAGUAUCGCGGAGAUACCCGGAGUGUGUCGAACUGGAUUAUCUGCGGGACCACAAAUUCGCAGAGCUGACUGCCACGCAAAAGCUGUCAGUGCUAAGACUACUCUGCGAUAUGAGACUGGAGGAAGCUAGUGACGUGCGAAUGUGUUUAGAAGGAAUUGAAGCCGAUCUUUUGCGGCACGAAGAUAUUGGAGAAGACAAGAACAAAUCAAAGUACUACUAUUUCCAGGAUUCACGAUUAUGGCGUGAAACUAAAACUAAGAAAACAACAGGUAAGUCAAGAAAGAGAGCGAGAGAAGACUCAACCUGGGAACUUGUCUGUUCAAAUGCCGAGGAGUGGGAAACCUUUGCAAGUACUUUGAGCAAACGCUUGAAAGGAGAAAGGAACCUGCACGAAGUUGUUCAAACGCAACUCAUGCCCGAGAUAUUGGAGAAGGAAGAAAACAGGAAAAAGGCUGAGGAGGCGAGGAUACGAGCCGAAGCAAGGAGGCUGAAAUGGGAAGCCAUGCCUCGGCGGGUGUCCAGGCGUGUCCGAGACAAGAUAGAGGAAGAAGCGCGAUACGCCGAACUUGAAGCUGAAGAAGAAUCGUUAAGGGCACAAGCCGAGGAGUUAGCACGCAUCGAAGGGGAAACCCAAAAGAAGCUUGAGCGCUCUCGCGAACGCCGAUACCGCGAAAGGACGGGUCACUCACCCACCAACCCAACCAGAGACACCAGCGACGCACUCACUGCGUACACAGAGGACCACCUCAGUAGCAACUGCACCCAGGACAGUCCUGCAUACGCUGAGGGAAGUAGUGCAUCGCCAGCAUCCCACAGAUCAGUAUCACUCGACAGCGAGAUAGCGGGCAUGGUGCAGAUGCCAGCUGGGGCGUCCCAUGCGUUGGAAAACAGGCCGUCAGUGCGGAUACAUCUGAAGCUGAAGCCACGCGAGCCGUUUGAAGAAGCCACUGCGCAUGCAAAUGGCGAUGAGGAUUCUUCUGAUAGUGAGCAGGCUGAAUGUGAUGGGGAAAACCGAGAUUCUGAUGGUGAGAAGGCGGAGUACGGGGUACCAGAUAUAGUGGUGGAUAUGGGGGUGUGAGGGUCUAACAGUGAGAGGACUGUGGGCGGGGUGCCCGAUAGAAUAGAAGAUAAGGAAGUUGGUGUGACUGGAGACGGCACGGAAAGUAGCGUGCCAAUCAGUAUUACUGCUGGUAAAAUGGUAUAGAGGAGAGGCUGUUGGCAAGGAGGGAUUGGGCAUGGAGGUGAUGGUUUUCUCCUUUCGGUCUUCCUGGUGAACUGGAAGACUGUACAAUGUGAUAGUUGCCGAAACAGAGUUUUCAGGUACGAGGGAAUCGUAAGUGGCAACGUAGCAUUGCUUCGGGGGACGUGUAAUCAUGAUGACCCGAAGGCAAGCGGAGGUUUGCUUUACCAGUUCAUCUAGUUACUUAAUUGUCAUCAGACCAUAUCAGUUGAAGACAGCGCUUGGAUGAAAAAAUCACUAACAAUCGGAGAUUCUGUAUAGUUCCGCAGGUGACCUUUGCUAUCGAUUUAAUGUAGUACUGCAACGUAAAUGUGUUGGCGGGAUAUAGAACUUGAGUUAGAGCACUUGAAAGCAUCUCGUGUUCAGAAUGGAUCCUAGAUUUCGCAGUAGGAGGUAUAGUGGGAAGGUUGCGGGCGCACCAGAGCAUCAGGCCUGUACCAAGGGUUUUACUGCGGAGAAACACACAUAUCUAGCUAUAGCUAGGACGAUCGAUGAUAACGUACGUACUGUCAUUACUUGCGAGGCUUGCUGAUCGUGUCUUCUACCGUAGUUUUCCUUUUCGUAGUUUUGCUGGUACUUCAAGAUAUCUUUGUACGGGGUAUACCAAGACUACCCAAACACAUACACGUGUUACCUUCUCAACUGGCAUCGGAACCUAUUCACCAGCAUACUACCUCCAGAUGGCUGCUGUUCAGACAUUGCGCCGACCUGGAUUAGUGAUUCUUGUGGACGUUGACGUUAUGAUUAUAGCUUACAGCGAGUGGAUGAAAAGGCACUAUUAGAGUCUAGGAGUCCCGAUACAUCGCCAACGCUUUGGCGGCUAUGCCAAAACACCGGUUGCGACCUUAGUUCAUAUCUCAAUCUAAGCAAAAUUGAGAAAGUGUUGGUGCAAAGACCACGUGUACUGGAUUGAAGUUCGUAGAUCAUCCGCUUUCCAACCAAAAGGAAACGCUAUAGAGUAUGUACGGCUCACCAAAUAUAAUAUUGCAAUCUAUAUUCGG